GCUCGGGUGCGCGCCCGCUGGCUGACGUUAAACGUUAGACGUGCCUGGGUCUCCAGGUCGCCUGCUGAUUGGUUAACUCGUCACAGUUUCCAGGUCGAUGGGCGGAGUUUGGGUGAAAUAGGAGCGAGGAAGAGGAGGCCGCUGCGGGAGCGAGUGUAGCCAUUUUGUCGAAAACAAACGGAUAGAACCGGAAAGCGGGAAGGGAAAGGCGAGGCCCGGUCGUUAGUGGAGAUCACCGGCUGUAAGCGCUCGCUUGGUGCCAUGUUUCUGACCAGUAGAACAGGCUGAGGAUCCUGUUCACACAGCUCAGAAAUUGGCUCAUUUAAAGAAAUUAACCUGUCUGCGGAGACCAGGGGGGAAUAAUGGUGAUUUUGCGCCGGGCUCGGCCGCCUGCUUCCGCCCCAACCAGCAAUGAAUCUUGACUCGCUUUCGCUGGCCUUGUCUCAAAUCAGCUACCUGGUGGACAACUUAACAAAGAAGAAUUACCGUGCCAGCCAGUUGGAAAUACAACAUAUUGUGAAUCGGCACGGCCCGGAGGCAGACAGGCACUUGUUACGCUGUCUUUUCUCUCAUGUGGAUUUCAGUGGCGAUGGUAAAAGCAGCGGCAAAGAUUUUCAUCAGACACAAUUUCUGAUCCAGGAGUGUGCUUCGCUGAUAACCAAACCGAAUUUCAUCUCCACUCUUGCGUACGCCAUUGACAAUCCUUUGCACUAUCAGAAGAGCCUAAAGCCGUCUCCUCAUCUGUUUGCCCUGCUGAGUAAAGUUUUGAAGCUUAGCAAAGUCCAAGAGGUUAUCUUUGGCUUGGCUCUUCUCAACUCCUCCAGCUUGGACCUGCGUGGUUUUGCUGUGCAGUUUGUGAAGCAGAAGCUCCCUGAUCUCCUACGCUCUUACGUAGACGUGGACGUUGGUGGAAGUCAAGAAGGUGGAUUCCAAGACAUCGCCAUAGAGGUCCUGCAUCUCCUCCUCUCUAAUCUCCUUUUCGGCCAGAAGGGAGCCUUCGGGGUCGGACAGGAGCAGAUUGUAGCUUUCCUCAAAACCCUCCGCAGAGAUUUCCCCCAGGAGCGCUGUCCAGUGGUGCUUGCACCACUCCUCUACCCUGAAAAACGGGACAUCCUGAUGGAUCGGAUUCUUUCUGACUCUGGAGGGAUUACUAAAACAAUGAUGGACAGUUCCCUGGCAGACUUCAUGCAGGAAGUGGGCUACAGCUUCUGUGCCAGUGUGGAGGAAUGCCGCAACAUAAUUGUUCAGUUUGGUGUCCGAGAAGUAACUGCUGUGCAGGUUGCUCGGGUGCUGGGAAUGAUGGCUCGGACACAUUCAGGGUUGACGGACGGUAUUUCUCUACAGUCUAUUUCAUCUCCUGGCAGUGGAAUUUGGAGCGAUGGUAAAGAUAAGAAUGACAGUGUGCAGGCCCACACCUGGAAUGUAGAGGUCUUCAUAGAUGUUGUAAAAGAACUGAAUCCAAACUUGAACUUUAAAGAUGUCAUUUAUGAGCUUGAUAAUCCAAUGUUCCUAAUUCGGGACAGUAAGGGUCUUCAGAAUGUGGUGUAUGGAAUCCAGAGGGGACUUGGUAUGGAUGCGUUCCCUGUUGAUCUGAUCUAUAGGGCUUGGAAGCAUGCAGAGGGACAGCUUUCCUUCAUACAAUAUUCCCUGAUAAAUCCAGAUAUUUUCUGCUUUGCGGAUUAUCCCUGUCACGCUGUGGCCACUGAUAUCUUAAAGGCUCCUCCUGAGGAUGAUAAUCGGGAGAUUGCAACAUGGAAAAGUCUGGAGCUUAUUGAGUCCCUGCUUCGGCUGGCUGAGGUGGGAUUAUAUGAGCAAGUCAAACAACUCUUCAGCUAUCCUAUCAAACACUGUCCCGAUAUGCUGGUGCUGGCUUUACUCCAGAUUAACCCAUCGUGGAACACUCUUCGUCAUGAGCUUAUCUCCACACUUAUGCCAAUAUUUCUUGGUAACCAUCCCAAUUCUGCCAUCAUUUUGCACUAUGCAUGGCACGGUCAGGGCCAGUCUCCCUCCAUCCGGCAGCUGAUUAUGCAUGCCAUGGCAGAGUGGUAUAUGCGUGGUGAACAAUAUGAUCAGGCUCGGCUUUCUCGUAUACUUGAUGUGGCCCAAGAUUUAAAGGCCUUGUCGAUGCUGCUGAAUGCCACUCCAUUUGCCUUUGUUAUUGACCUUGCUGCACUUGCCUCCCGACGGGAAUACCUCAAACUGGACAAAUGGCUGACAGACAAAAUCCGGGAACAUGGGGAGCCUUUUGUCCAGGCAUGCAUGACGUUCCUCAAACGACGCUGUCCUUCUAUACUUGGUGGCAUUGCUCCAGAGAAAGACCAACCUAAAAGCGCCCAACUUCCUCCAGAAACUCUUGCAACUAUGUUGGCAUGUCUUCAAGCCUGUGCUGGGAGUGUGUCACAGGAGCUGUCUGAAACUAUUCUUACCAUGGUUGCCAACUGUAGUAAUGUAGUGAACAAAGCUCGUCAGCCGCCUCCAGGGGUGAUGCCGAAAGGUCGUCCACCCAGCACCAGCAGUUUGGAUGCAAUUUCUCCAGUACAGAUUGACCCUCUUGCUGCCAUGGCCUCUCUCAAUAUUAGUGGCUCUGCUGCUCCUCACACACAGAGCUUGCCUGCCUUUCCCCCCAACUUGGGCUCUGCAUUCAGCACCCCACAGUCACCAGCAAAGGCAUUUCCACCUCUCACAACUCCAAACCAGUCCACAGCAUUCAGUGGCCUUGGGGGCCUCUCUUCUCAGUUACCAGGUGGACUUGGUACAGGUAGUCUUUCUGGAAUGGGCACAGGAGGCUUAGGGCUUCCUGCUGUGAAUAAUGACCCAUUUGGACAAAGAAAACUCAGCACUUCUGGACUCAAUCAACCAACAUUCCAACAGACUGAUCUGUCUCAGGUGUGGCCAGAGGCUAACCAGCACUUUACUAAAGAGAUUGAUGAUGAGGCAAACAGCUACUUUCAACGGAUUUACAACCAACCGCCUCACCCAACAAUGUCUGUGGAUGAGGUGCUGGAAAUGCUGCAGAGAUUCAAGGAUUCCAGUAUCAAACGGGAGCGUGAAGUCUUUAACUGCAUGCUUAGAAACCUGUUUGAAGAAUAUCGCUUCUUUCCCCAGUACCCAGACAAGGAGCUUCAUAUAACUGCCUGCUUGUUUGGUGGAAUAAUUGAAAAGGGACUUGUCACUUACAUGGCAUUGGGGCUGGCACUGCGCUAUGUACUGGAAGCUCUCCGGAAGCCUUAUGGAUCGAAAAUGUACUUCUUUGGCAUUGCUGCACUAGAUAGGUUUAAGAACAGAUUGAAAGAUUACCCCCAGUAUUGUCAGCACUUGGCUUCAAUCAGUCACUUUAUCCAGUUCCCUCAUCAUCUGCAGGAGUAUAUAGAGUAUGGCCAGCAGUCCCGGGAUCCUCCGGUCAAGAUGCAGGGAUCAAUCACCACCCCUGGAAGCAUUGCACUUUCACAAGCCCAGGCACAAGCCCAGGCCCAGGUCCCAGCCAAAGCUCCCCUUCCUGGUCCGGUGAGCACAAAUGCAGUCACCACUUCUACUACCACAACUUCAGCCAAAACAAUCACCAUAACCAGACCCACUGGGGUCAGCUUCAAGAAGGAUGUACCGCCGUCCAUCAAUACUACAAACAUAGACACUCUGCUUGUGGCCACAGACCAGACAGAGAGAAUUGUGGAGCCCCCAGAGAAUGUGCAAGAGAAAAUAGCCUUCAUCUUUAAUAACCUGUCCCAGUCCAACAUGACGCAAAAGGUGGAAGAGUUAAAGGAGACAGUGAAAGAUGAAUUCAUGCCUUGGGUGUCUCAGUAUUUGGUAAUGAAAAGAGUCAGCAUCGAACUAAACUUUCAUAGCCUAUACUCCAAUUUUUUGGAUGCUUUGAAAAACCUUGAGUUCAACAAAAUGGUUUUGGCUGAGACUUACAGGAAUAUUAAGGUGCUUCUGACAUCUGACAAAGCUGCUGCUAACUUCUCUGACCGUUCGCUGCUGAAGAAUUUGGGCCACUGGCUUGGAAUGAUCACCCUGGCCAAGAACAAGCCUAUCUUGCACACAGUUAGUAGAAGAAUGGACCUGGAUGUGAAGUCCUUGUUGCUGGAAGCUUAUGUGAAGGGACAGCAGGAGCUUCUCUACGUUGUGCCUUUUGUUGCCAAAGUUUUGGAAUCCAGUGUCAGGAGUGUGGUUUUCCGGCCCCCAAAUCCAUGGACCAUGGCUAUUAUGAAUGUACUUGCAGAGCUUCAUCAAGAACAUGACCUAAAGCUGAAUCUCAAGUUCGAAAUUGAAGUUCUGUGUAAAAACCUGGCCAUAGACAUCAAUGAUUUGAAGCCUGGCAGCCUGUUGAAGGACAAAGAUCGUCUUAAAUCGUUGGAAGAGCAACUUUCUGCACCAAAGAAAGAUGUUAAACAAACAGAGGAGCUACCACCGAUCACGAAUGCCAAUGAGUAUGCCAUCCGUACAGCUGGAAAGCUCUGGGCUUCAGUUGAGAAGCAGGAGUCUGAUGCUGUAUUUACUGCAACAGCUACAGCACCGCCGCCCAGUGCCACAUGCACUGCCACCGCACCACCACAGCCACAGUACAGCUACCAUGACAUUCAUGUGUAUUCUCUAGCAGGUCUUGCUCCUCACAUCACACUUAAUCCCACGAUACCGCUCUUCCAGGCACAUCCACAGCUCAAGCAGUGUGUGCGCCAGGCUAUAGAGCGUGCAGUGCAAGAGUUGGUGCACCCUGUGGUUGAUAGAUCUAUCAAGAUAGCAAUGACCACUUGUGAACAGAUUGUACGAAAGGAUUUUGCACUAGAUUCUGAAGAGUCUCGAAUGAGGGUGGCUGCUCAUCACAUGAUGCGGAAUCUUACUGCUGGCAUGGCCAUGAUUACGUGUCGGGAACCUCUGCUUAUGAGCAUCGCAACUAACCUCAAGAACAGUUUUGCCACAGCUAUGCGGGCGGCCUCCCCUCAACAGCGUGAGAUGAUGGAACAGGCGGCUGCUCAGCUAGCUCAGGAUAACUGUGAACUGGCGUGUUGCUUUAUUCAGAAAACAGCUGUAGAGAAGGCUGGGCCAGAAAUGGACAAAAGACUCGCUACAGAGUUUGAGUUGAGGAAGCAUGCCAGGCAGGAAGGCCGACGCUACUGUGAUCCUGUUGUGCUGACUUAUCAAGCGGAGCGCAUGCCGGAACAGAUCAGAUUAAAGGUUGGAGGUGUGGACCCAAAACAGCUGGCUGUUUAUGAAGAAUUUGCACGUAAUGUUCCUGGCUUCCUACCCACUAAUGAUCUGACCCAGCCCACAGGAUUCUUGGCUCAGCCCAUGAAGCAACAAGCCUGGGCCACUGAUGAUGUUGCUCAGAUUUAUGACAAGUGCAUAACUGAACUGGAACAACAUCUACAUGCAAUACCUCCUGCUCUGGCAAUGAACCCCCAGGCCCAGGCUCUGCGCAGUUUACUGGAAGCUGUGGCACUUGCUAGAAAUUCUAGAGAUGCCAUUGCUGCAUUAGGUCUGCUACAGAAGGCUGUGGAGGGGCUCCUGGAUGCCACAAGUGGAGCAGAUGCUGACCUCCUCCUCAGAUACCGUGAGUGUCAUCUCCUUGUCUUAAAGGCUCUUCAGGAUGGGCGGGCCUACGGGUCUCCUUGGUGCAAUAAGCAGAUCACUAGGUGUUUAAUUGAGUGCCGGGAUGAAUAUAAGUACAACGUUGAGGCUGUGGAGCUGUUGAUCCGGAACCAUCUAGUGAACAUGCAGCAAUAUGAUGUCCAUUUGGCUCAGUCCAUGGAGAACGGGCUGAAUUAUAUGGCCGUGGCCUUUGCCAUGCAGCUGGUGAAGAUCUUGUUGGUAGAUGAACGCAGUGUGAGCCAUGUGACCGAAGCGGAGUUUUUCCACACCAUAGAAACUCUUAUGCGCAUUAAUGCUCAUUCAAGAGGCAACGCCCCAGAAGGGCUUCCUCAGCUGAUGGAUGUUUUGCGCUCUAAUUUUGAAGCAAUGAUUGAGCGGGCUCAGGGUGGGCCCAAUUUCAUGAUGCAUUCUGGCAUCUCUCAAGCUUCAGAAUACGAUGAUCCUCCAGGCCUGCGAGAGAAAGCAGAAUACCUUCUGAGAGAGUGGGUCAACCUAUACCAUUCUGCAGCUGCUGGGCGUGACAGCACUAAGGCCUUCUCUGCAUUCGUCGGUCAGAUGCAUCAGCAAGGGAUCCUUAAGACUGAUGACCUGAUCACUCGCUUCUUCCGGCUGUGCACGGAGAUGUGUGUGGAGAUCAGUUACAGAGCACAGGCUGAACAGCAGCACAACCCUGCUGCCAAUCCUACCAUGAUUCGAGCAAAAUGCUACCAUAACCUGGAUGCCUUUGUGAGACUGAUUGCUCUUCUGGUCAAGCAUUCUGGAGAGGCUACAAACACAGUGACUAAGAUCAAUCUUCUCAAUAAAGUCCUGGGUAUUGUUGUCGGGGUUCUGCUCCAAGAUCAUGAGGUGAGGCAGAGUGAGUUCCAGCAGUUGCCAUAUCAUCGGAUCUUUAUUAUGUUGCUGCUUGAGCUAAACGCUCCAGAGCAUGUGCUCGAGACCAUAAACUUCCAGACACUCACAGCUUUCUGCAAUACCUUCCACAUCCUUCGGCCAACUAAAGCUGCAGGCUUUGUCUAUGCCUGGCUAGAACUGAUUUCCCAUAGAAUAUUUAUUGCACGAAUGUUGGCGCACACACCACAGCAGAAGGGGUGGCCCAUGUAUGCCCAGCUGCUGAUUGAUCUCUUUAAGUAUCUGGCGCCAUUCCUUAGAAACGUUGAACUCACCAAACCUAUGCAAAUUCUUUACAAGGGCACUUUGCGGGUGCUGCUUGUGCUAUUGCAUGACUUCCCGGAGUUCCUCUGUGACUAUCACUAUGGCUUCUGUGAUGUCAUCCCUCCCAAUUGCAUCCAGCUGAGAAACCUGAUCCUGAGUGCCUUUCCACGCAACAUGAGGCUUCCAGACCCCUUCACUCCCAAUCUUAAGGUUGACAUGUUGAGUGAAAUUAACAUUGCCCCCAGAAUUCUCACUAAUUUCACUGGAGUGAUGCCCCCGCAGUUCAAGAAAGACUUGGACUCGUAUCUGAAGACACGUUCACCUGUCACCUUCCUGUCUGAGCUCCGCAGCAACCUACAGGUCUCUAAUGAGCCUGGAAACCGCUACAGUAUCCAACUGAUCAAUGCUCUGGUCCUUUAUGUUGGGACUCAGGCAAUCGCCCACAUUCACAAUAAAGGCAGCACGCCCUCCAUGAGCACCAUCACACACUCGGCACACAUGGAUAUCUUCCAGAACUUGGCUGUGGACCUGGACACUGAAGGUCGCUACCUCUUCCUCAAUGCAAUUGCCAACCAGCUGCGCUACCCUAACAGCCACACGCACUACUUCAGCUGCACAAUGCUGUACCUCUUUGCUGAGGCAAACACUGAGGCCAUACAGGAGCAGAUCACCCGGGUCCUGCUUGAGCGAUUGAUUGUGAACAGACCUCAUCCCUGGGGGCUUCUCAUCACCUUCAUUGAGCUGAUCAAAAACCCUGCCUUCAAGUUCUGGAAUCAUGACUUUGUGCACUGUGCUCCUGAGAUUGAGAAGUUAUUCCAGUCAGUAGCACAGUGCUGCAUGGGGCAGAAGCAAGCUCAACAGGUGAUGGAAGGUACUGGUGCCAGCUAGGUGACAACAUUGUUCUCCAUGGACUAGACACAGAUGACCACACAUCUGCAAUGUGAAGAAUCCUGGUUUUAUUUUCCGCCCGACAGUUGAGCUGAGAGUCCAUCUCCUCCUGGUUACAAGAGUCGAGCGCCAACGUCUGGGAGGAAAUUUUUACUUUUUUUUUUUUUUUUUGGCCAAACAAAGGAUGUUGUGAAUAUAUAUAUUUUUUUUCCCCCCUCCCGAUUCUUGUAAAUGCUGAUCUGAAAACACAAAGCCUUUUUGAGUCUUGGUUUGUCUGGUUUCUGGGGGUGGGGUGUUAACUCUUCCAUCCUGGUGCAUUGUCUGGCAGCAGAUGAACUGACCAUGGGGAAGGGACAGGAGCACUUGUGUAAAGCUGGCGGCAGGGCUCGCUAUUAUACUGCGUUGGACACCAGACGUUGACGCUUGUAAAGAAAAGCGACACUAUUUUCUGAGACUUGGGGUUUGGUUUGUAUUUUGGGGAGAGCUGCUCACCCUAUCCCACCAGCCAGACCAUAGUUUGUACAGAGCCCCCCUGUUCCUGGACCAAUACAGGCCAUUUUGUAGAAUUUUGAAUGUUUUGUAAAUGUAUUGGUCCUGUGUUGUAUUUUGUAGCUUUCAGUUCUCACUUGUAUGUAUGGAUUCUGUAGUUACACAUUAAAGUCAUGACUUGCA